CUGAGCAAAGGGUUGGGAGUGAACCUCAUCUGGAUCCAUUGCAGUGGAAGUUGCAGCCAGAAACGAGGUGGGAAGAAAGGAACUUCUGACUGGCAGUCUUUUUUUGUUGUUGUAACUAACGACACCUUAUCAAAAACCCACAAAUACACUUACGGGGAUACACAACCUAUACGUUCUGCAGUUGCAGAAACCUUUGUUAUUGCAAUGAAGUGUAUUGACGUGCCACAGUGAAGAGGCCCCUUUGACAGUUGAUGGACUAAUGGCACCAGAGUGACAUCAUGGCCCUGAUGAUACCUCCAGUGAAGCUCAAAUGGCUGGAGCACCUGAACGGCUCGUGGAUCACGGACGACAGCGAGUCCAUCUCCACGCGGGAGGGCGUGUCCGUGCUCUACUCCAAGCUGCUCACCAACAAAGAGGUGGUCGUCCUUCCCCAGCAGGUGUUGUGUCUGAAGGGACCCCAGCUGCCAGACUUUGAGCGUGAGUCCCUGUCCAGCGAUGAACAGGAACACUACCUAGACGCACUCCUCGGCAGCCAGAUGGCGUUGGCCAAGAUGGUGUGUUCCGACUCUCCCUUCGCCUCCGCUCUCCGCAAACGCCUGCUGGUUCUUCAGAGGAUCUUCUUCGCUCUGUCCAACAAGUACCACGACAAGGGCAAAGUCAAGCAGCAGCAGCACUCGCCCGACAACAACUCCGGAUCGUCCGACCUGCACUCCGUCAGCGAGCGUCCGCGGUCCAGCACCGAUGCUCUGAUCGAGAUGGGGGUCCGAACGGGCCUCAGUCUGCUGUUCGCUCUGCUCCGGCAGAGCUGGAUGAUGCCGCCGCCGCCGGGCCCCGGAGGACUCAACCUCUGCAACGACGUCAUCCACACGGCCAUGGACGUGGUCUCGUCCCUGCCGCCCCUCUCCUUGGCCAACGAGAGUAAGAUCCCCCCGAUGGGUCUGGACUGCCUGACCCAGGUCACCGCUUUCCUGAAGGGAGUGACCAUGCCAAACUCCGGGGCGGACGUCUUGGGUCGGAGGCUGGCGUCGGAGCUGUUGCUGGGCCUGGCUGCCCAGAGGGGGUCCCUGAGGUACCUUCUGGAGUGGGUGGAGAUGGCCUUGGUGGCGUCCGCCGUGGUCAGCACCAUGGAGAAGGAGAAGAUGAAGGCGUGUCUGCUCAACCAGGAAGGGCUGAUUGGAUACGACUGCUUCAUGAACAUCCUCAUGCAGAUGAGACGUUCCCUGGGCUCGUCAGCAGACAGGAGUCAGUGGAGGGAACCGACUCGGACAUCAGACGGGCUGUGCUCUUUGUAUGAAGCAGCUCUCUGUCUGUUCGAAGAGGUGUGCAGGAUGGCGUCAGACUACUCCCGUUCCUGUGCCAGCCCAGACAGCCUCCAGACCGGCGAGGCUCCCAUGUUGUCAGAGACGUGUGAGGUGUACGUCUGGGGCAGUAACAGCUCCCACCAGCUGGUGGAGGGAACACAGGAGAAGAUCCUCCAGCCCAAGUUGGCACCCAGCUUCGCCGACGCACAGACGAUUGAGGCAGGCCAAUAUUGCACCUUCGUCAUCUCUUCUGACGGCUCUGUCAGAGCCUGUGGUAAAGGCAGCUACGGCAGAUUGGGUCUGGGAGACUCCAACAACCAAUCGUCUCUCAAGAAGCUGACCUUUGAACCUCACCGCGCCAUCAAAAAGGUGACGUCUUCGAAGGGGUCGGACGGACACACACUGGCCUUCACCACGGAGGGAGAGGUGUUCAGUUGGGGAGACGGGGACUACGGAAAGUUGGGGCAUGGGAACAGCUCCACACAGAAGUACCCCAAACUCAUCCAGGGACCUCUGCAGGGAAAGGUGGUGGUGUGUGUGUCAGCGGGCUACCGACACAGUGCAGCGGUCAGUGAGGAUGGAGAGCUCUACACGUGGGGUGAAGGAGACUUCGGGAGAUUAGGUCACGGAGACAGCAACAGCAGAAACAUUCCUACUCUGGUCAAAGACAUCAGCAACGUAGGAGAGGUGUCUUGUGGGAGUUCUCACACCAUAGCUUUGUCAAAAGAUGGCCGCACCGUGUGGUCCUUCGGAGGGGGAGACAACGGGAAACUGGGGCAUGGAGAUACAAACCGUGUCUAUAAACCCAAAGUAGUGGAGGCCUUGCAGGGGAUGUUCAUAAGGAAAGUGUGUGCUGGAAGCCAGUCCUCCCUGGCCCUGACCUCCACUGGACAGGUGUAUGCCUGGGGCUGCGGGGCCUGCCUGGGCUGUGGCUCCUCUGAAGCCACAGCACUGAGACCCAAACUGAUUGAGGAGUUGACAGCGACCAGGGUGGUCGACCUCGCCAUAGGAGACAGCCACUGUCUAGCUCUCUCACACGACAAUGAGGUGUAUGCUUGGGGUAACAACUCCAUGGGUCAGUGUGGCCAGGGUAACUCUACUGGUCCCAUCACCAAGCCGAAGAAGGUGGUUGGUCUGGACGGUGUGGUCAUCCAACAGAUCUCAGCUGGUACCUCCCACAGCCUGGCAUGGACCGCUCUGCCCAGGGACAGACAGGUGGUAGCGUGGCACAGACCCUACUGUGUGGACCUGGAAGAAAGCACCUUCUCUCACCUGCGUUCCUUCCUAGAGCGCUACUGUGACGGCAUCAACAGCGAGGUGCCACCCCUCCCCUUCCCCUCUUCCAGGGAGCAUCACAACUUCCUGAAACUCUGCCUUCGACUGCUGUCCAAUCACCUGGCUUUGGCUCUGGCCGGGGGAGUGGCCACCAGUAUCCUAGGGCGACAGGCCCGCCCCCUCCGGAACCUUCUCUUCAGACUGAUGGAUUCCUCUGUUCCUGAUGAGAUCCAAGAGGCUGUGAUUGAGACUCUGUCUGUGGGGGCCACUAUGCUGUUACCUCCUCUGAGAGAGAGGAUGGAGCUUCUCCACUCCCUGCUGCCCCAGGGACCUGACAGAUGGGAGAGUCUGUCUAAAGGACAGAGGAUGCAACUGGACAUCAUUCUGACUUCGCUCCAGGACCACACCCACGUAGCAUCCCUCCUGGGGUUCAGCUGUCCCCCCGAGGCCCCCGAGGCCCUGGCCUCCUCCUGCGGCCUGGACCCCUCCUACGGAGCCCCCGGCACCAACCCUGACACACACCUGGCUGAGAUCCUAAUGAAGACCCUGCUCAGGAACCUGGGCUUCUACACGGACCAAGCGUUUGGGGAACUAGAGAAGAACAGUGACAAGCUGCUCCAGGGAACGUCUUCCUCAGACAGCAGUCAGCCGGCCCAUCUCCACGAGCUGCUCUGCUCCCUACAGAAACAACUGCUGGCAUACUGCCACAUCAACUGUGUUACUGAGAACUCCAGCAGUGUGGCUCUGCUCCAUAAGCACCUCCAGCUGCUGCUGCCCCACGCUACAGACAUCUUCUCCCGCUCCGCCACCCUGCUGCAGGAGAGUUCCUGGAACGGCAGCAUCAGAGAGAAACUACGAGGUGUGAUCUACGUGUCAGCAGCAGGCAGUAUGCUGUGUCAGAUCGUCAACAGUCUACUACUACUACCAGUGUCUGUAGCCAGACCUCUGCUGAGCUACCUGCUAGACCUGCUGCCUCCUCUAGACUGUCUCAACAGACUGCUGCCUGCUGCCACACCGCUGGAAGACCAGGAGCUGCAGUGGCCUCUACAUGGUGAGGAGAUAGAGCUGUAG